CAGCACGGAGUCAACGUACCAACUCAAGGAACGAAAUCCUGAUCCAAGCUCCGAUAAGCUCCAUUCCAACUCACCGCGACCGAUCGAUCUUCUCUUUGCGCGCUCCUAAACCCAUGGCUACCGUCGCCGGAGGAGCAGCGCUGCACCUGCGCGUCCCGUCGCCAGCAUUGGAGCCGGUGCGACGACAACGAAUGGCUUCGAAUUCGAUAAGGUGCGGCCGCGUGCGCGGGGCGGCGACGGCGAGGUCAGCGGACGGGGUGGAGGAGGACCACUACCGCACGCUGAGGCUGGCGCCGGGGGCCACCAGGGCCGAGGUCAAGAAGGCCUUCCACCGCCUCGCGCUGCAGUACCACCCGGACGUCGUGCGCCGGCGCGAUGGCAACGACGACGACGACGGCGUGGACUUCCAGCGGAUCAACGUGGCGUACCAGACGGUGAUGGGCAACGUGCGGGAGGCGGAGGCCAGGCUCGAGAACUGGCGCGCUCGGUACGGCCUCGCCGACGAGGACCUCGAGCGGUACCGCCGCUGCCUCAACGACGAGGACGAGGACGACUUGUUCGCCGACUUCUGAAUCCUGAAAUGGCUGGCGUGUACGUACCUGCACGCUGGUGUGGUUCUCACCAUGAGGCGGCAGCGCUGUAAAUGCAGUAUCUGUGAGAUUUCGCUGUAUUGCUUUCUCCCCCUGCUUUUAUCGUGGGGAAAAGGGAUACAGAAAUUAAUUUCAGCUAGGGUUCUAACACUUGUAACUCUUCUCUCCUUCAAGCUGCUGUGAUUGUGACAUGGAAACGAAUUCUCUAGCAAACAAGUGAGUCUGCUUUUCAAGGCAUAUGCCUUUCAGAACAU